AAAAUUCCAAUUGGACAAAAUAAAAGUUCGUCGCUUAAAAAAAGCGCUGUAUUUGUUUAUAUAAAAAAUCGAGUGUCGUUUGUUAUUGGAUAACAAGAUAAAAUUCAGAUAUGGGCGCUGCGUUCUUCCCAAUACUGUUUUUUACAGCCCUUUGGGGUGCUGUGGGCAUUGGAAUGCCUAUUAUGACGCCAAGUGGUCCACACCAGAAUUUAAUACGCUGCAUUUUGAUGCUGACUGCGGCAUGUUGUUGGCUUUUCUGGCUUUGCUGCUAUAUGGCCCAAAUGAAUCCUCUAAUUGGACCAAAAAUCAAACUGAAUGCGCUUGCCAUGAUUGCCAAGUCGUGGGACAAUCCACUUCUAGAGGGCUAAAAAAAACGUCUCCAAGUGCAAAAUUGAAGUUAUCUAUUAUUGUAUAAAAUCAUGUUAUAUAAAGCAAAUAACAAAUAAAAGUAUUUAAAUUGUGUUGUA